CACGGCGAUAGCAAGCCACAAAUCCGUCGUUGCUUUGUGUGCGCGUGUGUGUAGUUCACCCUGCGCCCGUUAGAGGGAAGUCUAAAACCAUCUCCAUGGCAAUUUUAAAACUGGUGGUAAACACAAAGAGUAGCUACUGUGCAAGGACAGCGAGCUACAGCUACAAGUUAAACCCUCUAACAACAUGGAGAGAAUAGGUCUCGAUCAAUCCGCUUUAAAAGCGGUUGAUGACUACUGGGAAUACAGAAGGAUUGUGGGUGAUGAUGAUGGAGAAAAGCUCUUCACUCCAGGGCAAUAUGAGGAAUACAGGAAGAAGAUGUUUUCUCAGCGACUUAAAAACCGGUUAUAUGUGAGCUAUGGAGUGCCUGGGGGUAUUGACUGUAAGCUGAUUGGCCCAGAAACACAGUGCUUCUGUGCACAUAGGUACAAGCAACAUAAAACAGACUGGGAAGUGGUUCCCUCUGAGCGACCCCUGGCCUUACCAUGCAGAGUCAAGGGAUGCUGCUGCCCUGCCUACGAGUAUGUUCCUCGGCUUGGACCGAACCCCGUGCGCUGCAGGUGUAAACACUUACCUCAGCAUCACAGUGAAGCAGCAGGCCACUUGUGCAAGUCUUGCAAUUCCUGUUCUGGAUUCCAGAGUCCCUACACCUGUGGGUGUGGCCAGCCCAGCUCUGAACACCAGACCCUGGUUGAGACAAGGCUGGAGAGGGAGGCACGGGGUCAGCCUGUGGGCAGGGAUGUCCCUUAUGCUGCCAUGGGUGGGCUGACAGGGUUCAGCUCCUUGAUUGAUGGUUACCUAGCUUUGGAAAUCAGUGGCUCAGAUCAAGACAAAAAUGAAAGCCCUCAGCAGAGCUGCUCAGCAUUAAAGACCAACCAAACAUCAGCUAAAGCAUCAAGGUUUGCUCUCUGUAAGAGAGGGACCAACAAACAAUAAAAUGCAACAUCGGUUUGUGUGUAUCAAUAGGAUAAUGAAUAUCAAAUACUCAAUACAUACAUAUUUGGACACUG